AUUAUCAGCAAAUUAAACCUUAUAGUAGUCCAGCCAUAAACAAACAAACAAACAUAAAGAAAAAAAAGAAAAAUCUAGCAUCGAUGGUGAUCAUGGGCGCUGCACUUUCUUCCACUACCGAGAAAUCAUUUCGCUGUAUCUAUCUUGUCGCUUCCUCCAACAUUUGGGCGAGACAACAUAUUGCUUGGAAGAUUAAACCUCUUGCAACCAUGUCGACCAAAUUCUCUGCAUCAUCUCUCAUUUUGAACCAAUCGUUUCCUAAUCCUUAUAAUACUGGUCUUCUAAGGGCAGCAUUUAUCAGGCAAGGGACUUCCAAUUGGCAACUAAAGCAUAAAAGCCUUAACGGCUCGCAGAUAAGAUCUAUUAACAUCGGGGAUCGUUCUAAUGAUUACGGAAUGGGGACAACGGCAGAUCGAUACUUCCCAAAAUUUAGUGGACAAGGUAAUCCUCACGAAAUUACAAAUCGGGGUGAUUAUGAGUCAACUGAAAAUGGUAUCUUGUACAAAGAUAUUGUACACGGCGAAAAUGGAAAGUGUAUUCAAAAGGGUGGCAAGAUUGUUAUACGCUACAAAAUCUAUGACGAGCGAAAGAAUCGCGCAAGCCCAGACACACCAGAGCAGACGAUCCGGUUUGAUAAAAUUCCUACAGGAGUCCGUGAAGGCAUUGCAACCAUGAAAUUAAAAGGAAGAAGACUAAUAAUUAUUCCUCGAAAUCUUGCCGGUUAUCAUCAGGAUGUGAAACAUGGGGAACAUGCAAUUUACGAUGUGACAUUACUCAAGAUUUACUAGUAAGGGUCGCUUUAAAGAAGGUGACUCCAACGCACAAUUUUUAAAGGUGGAGGUAUAAGAUGCUUAUUGGUAGACCGGUCUAGCUUAUCAUAAGCAUUAGUAGUAAUGUUAAUUUACCAGGUGACAAUGUGAUGAUUACUAAAAUGAGUGUUCGAAUAAUGCACGGUCAAUGUAAUGAUCAGGUCGAUCGAUAGUUCGAAAUGCACGCGUCUCUUUUUUUCUUUUGUGGUUUUUUUGGCUUUUUAAGUCUUGAGACAUAAUUAUAUUAGUGUUAUCCAAAUAAAGUCAGUAAAAUUGUCAAUACGUAACUUCUCUCCACCUGCAAUUAAAAUCUUCAUCACUUGUUCUACACCA